UGGUCUUGAACACACCAUCUAUCCUACGUGACGUACCAGGCACUCAGCUGGCUGUGUUUUGUUGACACUCUGACUAUGUAAGUGUCAACAACAGGCAUUUUUGCGACAUUUCCCUGAAACGAGAGAAACAAACACCGCGAAGGAGAUUUCUGUUUGUGUUGAAACCAGUUUUAUGUCAAUCGAAAUAUUUAUACACACAGCUUUGUUGUUCAAGCAAACUCUGUAAUCGUGUCACACAACGGUGACCACGAGCAGCAGACAUUACGGGAUGAUCGAACCUGUCCCCGCUUGCCGUUCGGGGGACGAGGGUGGUAUAUCAGGAGUGGAGCAAGACUGUGAAGAGAUGUCCGAUGAACCCACGGGAGUACAGGGGCUUGUGUGCGCCUCCUUCAAUCAGGACUCCACGUCUUUAGCUGUUGGCACCAGAGAUGGCUAUCGACUCUUUUCUUUGGCGUCUGUGGACAAACUGAAUUGCAUUCAUGAAGGUGGUGAGAGUCCUGAUGUGUACAUCGUGGAGCGUCUCUUCUCCAGCAGUCUGGUGGUGGUGGUGAGUCGCUCCAUGCCGCGCCGCAUGAACAUCUACCACUUCAAGAAGGGCACGGAGAUCUGCAACUACAGCUACUCCACCGACAUCCUGGCGGUCAAGCUUAACCGGCAGAGACUGGUGGUUUGCCUAGAAGAGUCUAUCUAUAUUCACAACAUCAAGGACAUGAAACUGCUGAAAUCUCUGCUCAACACACCACUAAACCGCACCGGUCUAUGUGCACUGUCCGUAAACCAUUCCAAUUCUUACCUGGCCUACCCUGGGAGUACCAGUAUCGGGGAGAUCGCUGUCUAUGACACCAACAGCCUGAGCAACAUAAUUGAGAUCCCAGCUCACGACAGUCCUCUGGCAGCAAUGUCUUUUAACAUCCAGGGCACCAUGCUGGCCAGUGCUUCAGAAAAGGGCACAGUCAUCAGAGUGUUCAGCAUUCCUGAUGGCCUGAGGCUGUUUGAGUUUCGAAGAGGGAUGAAGAGGUAUGUCAGCAUCAGCUCCCUGUCCUUCAGUGUUGAUGGACAGUUCCUGUGCGCUUCCAGUAACACAGAGACGGUGCACAUCUUUAAAUUGGAACACCACAGCACCAGCGUGGAGGAGGACCCGGCUACCUGGUCUGCGUACGUGGGUAAGGUGUUCACCGCCGCCAGCACCUACCUGCCCGCCCAGGUAUCCGACAUGAUGCAUCAGGACCGGGCUUUCGCCACUGUCCGUCUCAACAUGUUUGGCCUGAGGAACAUCUGCACCCUGGCCAUCAUCCAGAAGCUUCCCCGCCUGCUGGUGGCUUCCUCAGAUGGCUACUUCUACAUUUACAACGUUGACCCUCAGGACGGCGGGGAGUGUGUGCUGGUAAACAAACACAGGCUCUUCAAUGGUGAGGAGGAGGAGGAGGAGCAGCCACCUCUGGAGGAGGACCCCAUGGGCGGGGGACAGACUUAUGCAUCCACCCUCGCCACGCCCGCCUGCGUGGAGCAUCCAGCCUCCGCCGGCCUCACAGGUUACUCAGAAGAUGGAGGAGCCAAAAAGGGUGAUAUCAUCCCUGAACAUGAGUUUGCUGCUGGAACCAUCCGAUUGGAUGACGAGCAGGAGUUCCCACCAGUCAGCUCCCAAAGCAACUAACUCACCCUUAGCCAAUCAACCAAUCACAUCCCAAUCUUGGGCCUAUCUGGCUUGUCAGUUAGAAUUUUUGAUGGUAUUGACAGACCACUACCAUUCUCAAAGACUAGCAAAUUGUUAGGCCUAUGUAGCUAAACACAUGCAGUAUUACGGAGUGGCCAUCACCAUUUGGUGGAUCACAGAAUGAACUGUCGCCCAUAGAUAUAGGCAAGAUGACUAGUAAAACUACAUCUAGCAUGGUGACAUUGACAAAGGAAUCCUUUGUAGUUUGAAAUUCAGUUUUGGUAUGCACUAUUUAAAAUUCAUUAUUUAUGACAAACCAUUAUAGGGAAACUAUUGGCCCUUGGAAAGGGAUCCUUAAUGUUGGUUUUCAUAAGCAGUGGUUAAGACAGGUUUGCAUGUCAGGGGUGCCUAAAGCCCUUUUGAUUCCUCGUUUUAGGGAGGGGGAGAGAAAGAGGAUCCAUGUUUUCUCACUAGUAUCCCAUAUUGAACACUGGUAAUAAGAUGUAUGGGGACAAUGUGAGUCAUCACUACUAAAAAUGAAUUGCUGCCAAAUAGUGAGACAUUUUUAAAGUGCUUACAUAUUUACAAAAGGGUAAAAAAAAAAAUCCCAAUCCUUGUGAUUUACUUUAGUUUGAGUCUGUAGGACCGCACACAGACUUUGAGAGUGACUUUCUUAUUUUACAUUAAGCAAAAAGUGUAUUUGUUUUUGUCUGCACCUGAUAAAAGAGACAGCUGAAACUUCAGGCAUUGUACACUGAAUGUAAAGUAACAAAAAUAAUUCUCAAGAUCUGGGGUAAGUCCUACUGAUUUCAAGUGCUUAGAUACUUACUUACGAAUCUCCUACAAACACAGAUUGGCAAACCUGUUAUUGUUUGAGAAUUUUGGCAAGCUUCUGCCACAAUGGAUCUAAUUAAAGAAGCAGUUCCUUGAUUUGUCUCUGUCAUGGGGAAUGGAGAAUAUUAAUGCUGGCUUGACUUUCGAUUUGAGAGUUUGUAUGUGUGUGGGUGUGAGUUGAUCUUGCAUGCUUCUUAGUCUCCCCUAGGAGACAGAUAUGUAUAAUUUUUUUGUUAUUUUUUUUAAAAAUGGAAAGUGAAUUGAAAUCUUGGAGAUCAACACUAUAUACACCAACAGGACCAGUGUAAGAGGAGGCAGUGUGGUGUCGACCUUAACUUCAUCUUGGAGAAUUUACAUGACAAGCUCAUAAACACAUUAUAGUGUUGUACCUGU